AUGAUUCAUUUAUACUGUAAAACACUAGUUCGUUUUAGAUGCUCUUCUGUUUUGGAUUCAAAAAUCCAUAAAUUGUAUGCCCUUCAAACCCAUCCACUGUCUUCAUCUCUCAAAUCCAUCUCAACUUCCACAAAUCAACACUCAUUUACAGUCAAUUACCUCCUUAAUUCAUGUGGGUUAAGUCCAGAAACUGCUAUUUCAGCUUCAAAAUACAUCAAUCUCAAAACCCUAGACAAUCCAGAUUCAGUUCUUAACUUCUUUAAGAACCAUGAUUUCAGCAAAACCCAGAUCUCAGCUGUCAUCAGACUACGCCCAAAACUUCUCUUAUCGGAUCCCAUGAAGGCCCUUCUACCCAAAUUCGACUUCUUUUACUCCAUUGGCAUUUCCAGCACUGAGCUCGCGAAGAUAGUAUCUACUGACCCUAGUAUGUUGCUACACAGCUUGGAGAACCAAAUCAUACCAUCUGUCAAUUUGUUGAAAAAUUUACUUAAUUCAGAGGAUAAGUUUAUCGUGGCCUUUAAACGAUUUCCUCAGAUUGUAGUGCGUGAUCUCAAUGCUGUUACAUUUCCCAACAUUGAAAUUUUGAGACAACAGGGCGUGUCGGAGUCAAAUAUUUUGUACUUACUUACAUAUCAGCCUAGGUCAUUGGCGAUAAAGCAUGAUGGAUUCAAUGAGUUAGUGGAGGAUGUUAAGAAAAUGGGUUUCAACCCUUCAAGCUUCAAGUUUAUCUGGGCUAUUCAUGCAUUGAGGUCAAUGAGCAAAUCAACAUGGAAAAGGAAGAUGGAGGUUUAUGAGAAGUGGGGUUGGUCUGAGGAAGAAACAAUGAGCGCAUUUAGAAGAAGACCAGGGUGUAUGAUGGUAUCCGAGGAGAUGAUAAUGGCAAAGCUGAAUUUUUAUGUCAAAACAAUGGGUUGGGAGUCUUCCUCAAUUGCCCAUCAUUCAGAACUAAUGACAAUAAGCUUGGGUAAGAAGAUAAUUCCCAGGUGUUCAGUACUUCAAGUUUUGUUGUCCAAAGGUCUGAUUAAGAAGCCCAAUAGCGAAUUGACAUUGUUGAAGCCCAAAGAGAGUUUGUUUCUCAAGAAGUUUGUGAACUGUUAUGAGGAAGCUUCCCAGUUGUUGAAACUAUAUCGAGAAAAAUUGGAGCUUUCAAAAUUACACGGUCAUGAUUAG